CUUCCUUUGUACAAAUGUAUUCUGUUAUCUUUGGGGUUUAGGGUGAAGAACUGAAAGACAUUAAAGUUGAGGUUAAAGAGGAAGAAGAAGAGAGGUUGGUGAGUGGAGAUCAGCAGUCUAUGGAGGAGGGUUGUCCUCUGGAUUCCCACAAUUCUACACAGGAAGAUCUCCAAUAUACAGAGAAUGGGAGAUCAGGAGAUCAGACUGAAGAACGGAAAGACAUCACAGUUGAGGAUAAAGAGGAAGAAGAAGAGAGGUUGGUGAGUGGAGAUCAGCAGUCUAUGGAGGAGGGUUGUCCUCUGGAUUCCCAGAAGUCUACACAGGAAGAUCUCCAAUAUACAGAGAAUGGGAGAUCAGGAGAUCAGCAGUCUAUGGAGGAGGGGGAGAUGAUUAUGAAAAGUAAACCAGUGGAAGCUUCUCUACUUCUCAACACAAAUGGACUCUAUCUAUGGAACUCUACUGAGGGACAUCUUGUUGUGUCUCAAAGUUGUAAUGUAGAUGAGAAUGGAAUUGUACAAUAUUUUGUAGGAGUAAAUCCCGUUAAUCAAAGCAUCCAUCACAGACCUUCCGAUCCAGACCGAUCGAUCCAUCCCUCUAAUUGUGAGGAACCUCCACAUACAUCCAAUGGUGAUAGUCAGGAUGUCCAUCUAAGACCUCACAGUGUGCCGACAUCACCAGAUCCAUCCAAUCCCAAGGAAUGCUCUUCAAGCGCUCAAGGUGAUCACACUGGAGUGGACUCGUUAUCGUGCUCGGUGUGCGGGAAAUCUUUCACUGAAAGCAAAGACCUUCUCACGCACCAGAAAAUUCACACGAUUGCGCGUCCUCACGCAUGCUCCGAGUGCGAGAAAUGCUUCAUUCACAAAAACGACCUGCUUAGACACCAGAAACUUCACAUGGACGAUCGUCCUUAUCCAUGUUUAGAGUGCGGGAAAUGUUUUACUGAGAAAAAAGUGCUUCUCACACACCAGAAAUGUCACACAGGGGAGCGUCCUUUUUCAUGUUCAGAGUGCGGAAAAAGUUUCAUUCUGAAAAACAUACUGGUUAGACACCAGAGAAUUCACAGUGGGGAGCGUCCGUUCUCAUGUUCAUUUUGUGGGAAACGUUUCAUUCAGAAAUCAGACCUUUUUAAACACCAGAGAGUUCACACGGGUGAGCGUCCGUUCUCGUGUUCAGAGUGCGGGAAAGGUUAUAGUGUGAAAGCAAAACUUCUUGCACAUCAGAGAAUGCACACAGGCGAGAGUCCUCAUUUAUGUUCAGAGUGCGGGAAAUGUUUCUUUAUGAAAAACUCACUGGUUAGGCACCAGAGAAUUCACACGGGGGAGCGUCCUUAUUUGUGUCCAGAGUGCGGGAAAGCUUUCAUUGAGAAAGGAAAACUUGUUCUACACCAGAAAAUUCACACGGGUGAGUGUCCGUUCUCGUGUUCAGAGUGCGGGAAAUGUUAUCCCGUGGAAGCAAAACUUCUCGCACAUCAGAGAAUUCACAAGGGCGAGAGUCCUCAUUUUUGUUCAGAGUGCGGAAAAUGUUUCCUUCGGAAAUCAAACCUUGUUAAACACCAGAGAAUUCACACUGGCGAGCGCCCUUUCCUAUGUUCAGAGUGUGGGAAGUGCUUUACUGAGAAAGGCACACUUAUUGUGCACCAAAGAAUUCACACAGGUGAGUGCCCUUUCCUGUGUUCAGAGUGCGGUAAAUGUUUCCGUCACAAGAAAGCUCUUAUUGCGCACCAGAGAAUUCACACUGGUGAACUGCCUUUUUCAUGUUCAGAGUGCGGGAAGUGCUUCGCUGAGAAAAAAACACUUCUUGCACACCAGAGAAAACACAGCGGGAAGUGUUACACGGAGAAAGCAAAACUUCUUGCACACCAGAAAAAUUCACACGGGUGACAGUCCUUAUUUAUGUUCAAUGUGCGGGAAACACUUCAUUCAGAAAUCAGACCUUCUUAAACACCAGAAAAUUCACACGGGCGAAGACCCUUUCCUGUGUUCAGAGUGCGGGAAAUAUUUCAUUUGCAAGGAAGCACUUACUACGCACCAGAAAAUUCACAGCGGAGGAGUCAUACCACCGACGGUCAGAUUUUCUCCUAGUGAGAAAAUAUUAUUAUAACCACAUGUUUAUUUACAGUAUCUCACAAAAGUAAGUACACCCCU